AUGGAAGCUCCUGACGAAACAUGUGCUGCAGCUUUGUCGUGCUUGCGACAAUGGUACGACUCGAUCAGCAUCCUGCCAGGUCGACGUGCAAACUAUGACGAACGCAUACCGGUCACUUCGCUUGAGAGACAACGCCAGUCUCUUAACGACCAUCCCUUCGAAUCCCCUCUGUCGGCCACCCAGGCACUGAACAAGCCCGAUGCCACCUCAGUCUUAUACCUGGGCUAUGGCUCCAACCUUUGCGCAGAGACGUUCCAGGGCAGGAGAAACGUCAAGCCUCUGUCGCAGGUCAAUGUGGUGGUCCCUAGCAUGUCCUUGUCCUUUGACUUGCCUGGGGUACCCUACUCUGAACCAUGCUUUGGGAACCUCCGUCUCCGAGAUGCCUCUGCAGCUGAAAUAGCACGUCAGGAUUGGAGAAAUCAAGAUUACCACAAGGACCAGUGGAAGAAAGGUCUCGUUGGAGUCGUUUACGAGGUGACAAAGGAGGAUUUCGUGAACAUCAUUGCGACAGAGGGCGGUGGCUCAGGCUAUAAGGAUGUGUUGGUUGACUGCUUCGCAUUAAGUGGUGAUCCCACAGAGGAUGUGCCUUGGAAGCCACAAGGCCAGCCUUUCAAAGCACAUACUCUCUUUGCUCCAGCAGAUGUAGCCAGGCCAGAUCAUUCCUACGCCCAGCCCAGCUCCAGGUACCUCAAGCUCAUCACCGACGGCGCUUCUGAACAUGCUUUGCCCCUGGAAUACCAGGCUUUUCUCCAUCGGAUCCGAACUUAUCAUCUGACCACCACAAAACAGCAGCUGGGUUCGUACAUCUUCCUCGCCAUCUGGUCUCCGUUCUUCCUCUUCAUGUUCAGUGGUGCUGCGGUAUUUCUCCGGCCAGAUGGCACAUAUCCAAAAUGGCUAGCGACAUUUUUUAGAGUUAUGUUCACUGCCGUAUGGGCGAGCUACGAUAACUUUUUCAAGCCGAUCUUUGGAGACGGCGAACGAACGAUAGGAGACAAUGAGGAGGAUGGUGACGACGCAUUGGAUGAAAUGAGAUAUGAAAAGGUACCGUUGAUUGAGCCUGUAAAUCAACCGAAGUAUGGGUCGGUGGAUGUAGCUGAGCGGUUAGUUUGA